AAAAAAAUUGAAAGCAUGCGCCCCCUCAAGUUUUAAGUAUCCACCGGCAAAACCCCAUUGAUAGAACUCAACAGUUCCCAACACCACCAUGGCUGCCAGAGCUAUCCUCUCCGAUCUCCCUCUCUCAUCGUCCUUCACCAAACCUUCUUCUUCCACAUCCUUCUCCCCAAGACCCCCUCCUCUCUCAUUCCCUUUCUCCUUACCUCGCCUUAAAACCCUAACCUUCAAUUCCCCCUCUCACCUCUCCCCCACCAUCACCACAGCCGCCGUUACUUCCGCUUCUGUUUCUUCCUCCUCAUCCUUGAAAUCCCGCCUCCGGAACGGGGAUACCCUUUACGGGCUUUUCCUCCUAUCAUUCUCCCCAACUCUCGCAGAGAUUGCCGCCCUCGCCGGCUACGAUUUCGUCGUUAUCGACAUGGAGCAUGGUCCGGGGGGCAUUUCCGAGGCCUUACACUGCCUCCGCGCUCUCUCCGCUGCUGGUACCCCUGGUAUCCUCCGCCUCCCAGAGAGCUGUCCCACGUGGGCGAAGAAGGCCCUCGAUCUUGGUCCCCAGGGCAUCAUGUUCCCCAUGAUCGAUUCCCCUAAAGACGCGAAGAAGGCGGUUUCGUACUGUCAUUUUCCCCCCAAAGGGAUCCGUGGAUCGGCGCACACUGUUGUGAGAGCUUCGAAUUACGGGGUGGAUGAAGAGUAUCUGAGUACUUACGAGGAGGAGCAACUGAUAAUGUGCCAGGUAGAGUCUGAGGAGGGAGUGAAAAAAGUGGAAGACAUUGCGGCUGUUGAAGGGGUUGACUGCAUACAGAUGGGUCCUUUAGAUCUGAGCGCGAGCAUGGGGUACUUGUGGGAUCCAGGGCACAAGAAGGUUAGAGAGAUGAUGGGAGUGGCAGAGAAGAGGGUGUUGGGUACGAAGCCUGGCAAUGGCGGAGCCUACUUAGCGGGUUUUGCAAUGCCGCAUGAUGGGCCGGAUGAUCUGCGGGCGCGAGGUUAUCACAUGGUGUCUGGUGCGGUUGAUGUUGGGAUGUUCAGAAAUGCUGCUGUGGAAGAUGUAAGGAGGUUUAAGAUGGGUUUGAUGCAGGGUUCGGAUGAUGAGAAGGAACGGGGAAGGGAUGGUGAAGAUGAAAAGUACUGGAGCGAGUGAGAGAAUGAAAUUCUACUCAACUUUUUCUUUUUUCUUUUUUUGGUUUCAGUUCUGUGUAAAUGCAGUUCUUUGUCUGAUCAUGUUCAUGAAGGUGAGUCUCAAAGAAAAUGGUUUAGGUUUGAUGUCUUAUCGUUUUACGAAUUUUUUGUGUUGUCUAAAUUUUCCAUGGAGGUAGCUGGAAUUUCGAUUUAUACAA